AUGGAUCAAAAGUGUGUUGGUGGUGGAAGAAUUGUUGGGAAGAACAACAGAAGAACUUUGAGUGUGAUCAAUCAGAAUUUAGUGCAAGGACGACCUUACCCUUGUGUUGUUAACAAGAGGGUGUUGACGUCUGAUAAACAUGAGAUUUGUGAAAAAAAACUGGCUGAUCUGGGACAUCGACCCAUCACAAGGAGGUUUGCUGCAAAAAUUGCUGGUUCACAACAAUUUUAUGUUGAGAAAACUAAGAAUUCAAAUCCAUUGAAUUCGAAUGAGUUCGGAAACGCCAUUGCUAUUGAUGAUGAGCACAAGUCACCUACAUACCAACCAAUACCUGCUACUGAUCCACAUGAAAUGGAGGAAGUUGAGAUGGAGGAUAUUGAUGGAGAGAUGAUUUUGGACAUUGAUAGUUGUGAUGCAAAUAAUUCUCUUGCUGUUGUGGAAUAUAUUGAAGAUCUUCAUUCUUACUACAGACAAAUUGAGGUACCUUUUUGUUAG